AUGCUCAUGGAGGGCAUUGAAGCUAUUGCCGAGGCGGCGCAGCCUCCAAAGGCGGAGGCGCACUCGCCGACAGGACCCGAAAUGAAGCAGGAAUCCCCGAGUCUUGUCACCGAUCUGGGCGAGACCCCCCAAUUCCCACUCAAGCGACCCCGCGAUUCGAGCGCAGACGAUCCAGAUGCCGAGUCCAAGAGGUUAAAGGUUGACGAUGAGGGUCCGCCUUUGGAUCUCAACUUCGAUAUGGACGCUAUGAUUCAGGGCGUCAUGAUGGACAUCAACAACGAGAUGGGCAAGGUCGACGGUCUGGAUUCUGUCCCGGACGUGGACAUGUCCGGAGACCCUCUUGGAUCCGUGUCGCAAGAGCCUCCCCAAUCCACCGAGUCCCAUACGCCUGUCCUCUCCGAACCUCUGGCCUUGAUGCGACGGACAACUACCACUUGUUUGUCAAACUUUGCCCUGCAGCUGCUUGUGAUCCUGUCGCAACAUGUCUUCGACGACGUAUACCAACAAUUACAAGAGAAGGACUCCGAAAUCUCCAAAUCCUUUGCCACGAUAAAGUCUCUGUUCCAACAGACGAGAGCGAUCUACUCGACUACCGACCUUAUCCUGGAUCCUGCCACGCUGGAUCUUACGAUGCCGGACAACCUCACCGAUGUCCAAGUCGCAAACCUUGCGAGUUUUUGCUGCGCGCUCUUUUCGUUUGAUGGACACCAUGAUUCCACCUCAAAGGAGCUGCUCGCUUUGCAAGAUCACUUCUUCUCGGUUUUUCUGCCUGGUGGCGAGCACGACAUGGUCACGCAAGAGAUUUCUGAUCUCUUCGUAGCCGUCAAGACACAUCUCGUCAUUGACGCAGUCACGACAGCCGACCAGUCAGCACCGGUUGACCAACUUAUUGCUGAUGCUUUCUCUGCUGAUUUGGAGGAUAAGCUGCGCGCAAGGCACGGGGGCUCAACUUUGACGACUGAGGAGCAGUCACUGGUCACUGCUGUGCAAGAACGAAAGGCGGCUCUGAUUUCAUACGCCUCGGGUCUCCCAGACACCGGUAAGAAGUUCGGCAACCUCUUUCUCUGUGUCACUGCUGAAAGGUCACGUACAGUUCUUCUCAAGAUCGGCUACCCAGACGAAGACCUUUUCCGCUUACUUAACAUGUACCUGCGCCGCAAGCUGCAAUCUCUGGCAGGUCUUGCUUCAAGACACGGCAUUGAGCUUCCGUCAACAAUGUCGAACGGCGACCUGGACGCAUCGGUAUCUCACGAUUUGGAUGAUCUAGGAAUCAACUCCUUGCUCGAGGCAACAGACGGCCUCGUUGCACAGUACCUCCCGACCGACGCCAUCGAUGGCUUGCCUCACGACCCUCAGCCUCCCGUCCCGUCGACCGAGACCAGUGCUCCUCCCGCAGAGCCCGCCGCCGCACCCGCACCUGAAGCCCCCCCUCCUGCGCCGACAACGAACGGAAACACGGCCGAAGUCCAAGACUCAACGAACGAUAUCCUUGCCCUGGUCGCGCAAAGCACACAAGAAUACGUCCGAACAACCCUCAACAACCUCUCGCCAGCACCGUACCAACCGACAGUACCAACGCCCACGGGAGCUGCUCCCGUCACACAAACGACGUACCUUUCACACUUGCAACAAACCCAGGCUCAGUCACCGUACUAUGGCUACCCUCCGCCAGUCGAGCAGCCACCUCCGCCGGCACAGCACGAUAACUCAGAGAAGCUGCCCCCCAGCCAGUCACUGCCUAGCGCAGUGCUCUACGACAGAGCCAGGCAAGCGGCGCUGAGCAAGACGAACAACCAGCAGAGGAGAGAAGGAACUACGUCAACAAGACGUCCCUGGACUCAAGAGGAGGAGAAGGCGUUGAUGACCGGUCUGGACAUGGUCCAGGGCCCCCACUGGAGUCAAAUCUUGUCGCUCUUUGGUGCUGAGGGCACGCUCUCGAACAUACUCAAAGACCGGACUCAGGUGCAACUCAAGGACAAGGCGCGAAACCUGAAGCUCUUCUUCCUGAAGACCAACUCAGAGAUGCCGUACUAUCUGCAAGCCGUCACCGGUGAACUCAAGACGAGAGCGCCGACUCAGGCAGCCAGAAAGGAGGCCGAAGAGAGGGCACGCAUGAACUCAGAGGAGGAGCAGGCGCGUGUUCAAGGAAUUAUGACUCUUGCCGGUGGCCUUCAGCAUCCUCAGCAAAACCGCGCGAGCGCGACACCAGCUACUGCGCCCAGCACGCCCUCGCAGUCCGCAGCCCAAAUGUCACAUCAUCUCGCUCAUGCUACUACGCCAACACAUGCCGCUGUUUCCGGGCCACCAGCGACACCCGCCACGGCCACGCCAACCCACAACCGUGUACUGCCGGCUUCCUCACCUUAUGCGGCAACAGCAGCUCAGCUUUCCCACACACCUCAUGCCCUGUCACAGCCACCUCACACUCCGACACAUUCCCACAUCCAGCAUCACUCUCAACCUGGAACGCCGCAGCCGCAGCAGCACCAGCAGCAUCAACCACAGCAGCAUCAUCAGCAGCCUCAGCAGGAGCAUGUUCAGCCGCAGGUCUCUCAGCCGGCCGAGGCUACCCCCCAGUACUCCACCGACGCCUCUGCGCCUGUGUAUAGCCAGCAGAAUGAUGACCUGAAGGAGGCCGCUCUUAUGCAGAGCCUGCGCGAACUCGAGGCGUACAGUAGCAGCGCCAGCUUGUCUUAG